AUGCGUCCUAAUCUGGCGAAAUUGUCUCUUAUCGACACUCUGGACCGCGACAAGUUACUAACGCUGCAGGCGAACGCGGGCACCGCUCCCGGCGGGGCCGGCCAGGAGGUCAGCAAGCCGACCGAAAGUGAGCCGGGUCGCCUGCUCAUCUGGCCUCUAAUUGUCACCGCCUCCGAGCGCCAGGAGCCCCGGCAUACCGCCAGCCUCACGCUCAGCUUGACCGUCAAUUCGCCUGGACCAGUCAUCCCCAGCUCCGAGCUGACUCGUCUGGUGCCUGGCAGGCUCACUGCCGACGCCCCCUUGAUCGAAAACCUACAGGCGAUCGACCCAGAUGGCGUUGGUAUUCCCACAAGCUACACAUACUCGAUCGACCCAACCGCCGGCCAGGCUAACCAGUUUCUCUCUGCAGUCUCUACUAACGGCAAGCUUAGCCUGAUCACCAAGACAGAACUAUCUCGAGACAGUCUGGGAAGCGACAAAUUGCUGGCUCCCAUCGUGAUCAAAGACCCUGGCAACGGAGCAGCUUUCUCCUCCCGGUCAGCGACAUCAACAAUUGUGGUGACCCUUGGAGACCAGAAGCCGCCCGAACCUCCACGAGACAGUUUUGCGGCAGUCACAGUUUACGUGCCAUUAUGUAGGCAUCAAAGCUUAAAAAAAUUAAUCUCUUACACUAUCACUAGUCAGGCAUGCGCUGUGCCUAUUUUGUAUCCAAAUCCAAAAUUUUUAAGUAACAUUAUUUCUGUGCGGCUUGAUAAGUAG